AAAGAAUAAAACGGGCACUAGGACCGGAGGGCUGACUGGCACUCCAACCUCCAAGGAUUUGGCAGUCUUUGUGGCUAAGACUGAACCGAAAGCCAACAGCAGCAGCAGCAGCAGCAGCAACAGCAGGUUAUGAAUCAUUUCCUCCUGUUGCCAACACCCCCUGCCGCAGGGGCUGCCCUCUUUCUACCUUCAGCCCCAGCAUGUUUCCUGAAGGAGCACAUCCUCUUUUCUUCCCCUCAGCCCCGUCCACAAGUCCUCCCAGUCACUCUCAAUGAAGAGGUCUUUGCAAGCAGGAAUAGCCUUAUGUCUCAGUGGCCCAGCAGAUGGCACCCCCAAGCCCCAGUGGCAGCUGCAACAACAAUAGUAGCAGCAGCAGCAGCAGUGGGCCAGGUGGUGGCGGAGGUGGCGGGGACCAGCUGAGCAAAACAAACUUGUAUAUCCGGGGCCUGCAUCCUGGUACCACCGAUCAGGAUCUUGUCAAGCUCUGCCAACCAUAUGGCAAAAUUGUCUCCACCAAGGCCAUCCUGGAUAAAACAACUAAUAAAUGCAAAGGUUAUGGCUUUGUGGAUUUUGACAGCCCCACAGCAGCUCAGAAGGCCGUGACUGCACUAAAGGCCAGCGGGGUCCAAGCCCAGAUGGCCAAGCAACAGGAGCAGGAUCCUACCAACCUCUACCUGUCAAACUUGCCUUUGGGCAUGGAUGAGGCUGAAUUGGAGUCGAUGCUGAAGCCAUUCGGACAAGUCAUCUCUACACGUAUCCUACGUGAUGCCAGCGGCACCAGCCGAGGAGUUGGCUUUGCCAGGAUGGAGUCUACAGAAAAGUGUGAAGCCAUCAUCACCCACUUCAAUGGCAAAUAUAUCAAGACACCUCCUGGGGUCCCAGCUCCUCCAGAUCCACUGCUUUGCAAGUUUGCUGAUGGUGGCCAGAAGAAGCGCCAGAAUCAGGGCAAAUAUGUGCAAAAUGGACGAGCCUGGCCAAGGGAAAGUGACACGGGUGGGAUGACCUUGACUUAUGACCCGACAACAGCGUUACAAAACGGGUUUUAUACAACGCCCUACAGCCUGGCCCCAAACAGGAUGAUUGCCCAGACUGCGCUCUCCCCUUAUCUCCCAUCACCUGUUUCCUCCUACCAGGUCCACAGUCCAUCUUGGAUGCACCAUCAGUCAUACCUCAUGCAGCCCACGCAGGGGACGAUGCUCACACCUACCAUGGACCACGCCAUUUCCAUCCAGCCCACUUCCAUGAUGGGGCCUCUCACCCAACAGCUGGGCCAUCUGUCCCUCAGCAGUGCUGGCACAUAUAUGCCAGCGGCAGCAGCUAUGCAAGGAGCCUAUAUUCCCCAGUAUACACCGGUGCCUUCCUCUAGUGUCGCAGUUGAGGAGAACAGUGGCCAGCAGAGCCACGUGACAGUGGAGUCUCCAUCGGAUCAUGCUGCCUACUCGUAUCAGUACAACAAGUAACAACAGUGCCACCGAGCAGCUCAACUCUGAGCAAUCACUUCGAGGGAGACAACGUGUUCUUUUUUUUUUUAUUGUUGUUAAAAUUUUGUGCUGCGUUUAGAAGAUGUUGGAACCAUUUUUGUUUUUUGUUUCUUUUUUCUUCUUUUUCUUUUUGGCAAAGAAAAAGGUUGUUUUGUUUUUUUAAAAAGGAAAUAACCGCAAUAGACUUUUGUCACCGAGGAACCAAAGGAGGUUAGAAUGGGGGUACAAAAAAAAAAAAAAAUACCCCCAACCCUUAGAUGUACAGAUGGACUAAGGACUAUUUUAAUACGAGAACAUUUGUGUGUGUAUGUGUGCGCGUGUGCGUGCGUGUGUGCGUGCGUGUUUAUUUUCUUGAUAACAGCAAAGUCAAACGCUUUGGAUGCCCCAGAAUUCCCCAGAGAAGAAAAGGAAUUUUUUUCCCCCUUCUUUUGGAAAGCUGGUUUGGUACCUCUGGGAGGAAGGUUUUUUUUUUUUUUUUUUUUUUGCUCCUUUGAAUUCAUUUUGUUUUCUUUGGUCAUGUAAAAGAUUUUCUAAAGGACAAAUAUGCAAAAGUGUUUGAAUAUUUUUUUUGUUGUUGUUUUAUAAGGAAAAAAAAUGCUCUGAAAAGCCCCACCUCGCAGCUGUAGGAUAAAAAAUCAGUGCGGAGUUCUCUUUUUUUUUUUCUUUCUUUCUUCUUCUUCCUGGGGGUGGGAGCGGGGAGGGAAUUUUGCUUUGAAAGGAUUAUUUUAUUAUUUCAAGAGGGUAUUUUUUUUCUAAAAAAGACAAAUUUACAAAAAAAUAAAAAAGAGGAAAUUUACAAAAAAAAAUUCAGAAAAAAGGAAAUCUUAAAAAAAAAAGUUGAACUUUGGCGGCAGCAAGAGGGGUUUGCUUAAUGCUUGUCAAGUUGGAAUGAAAUGAUGCGGCUGGAGGCAUCCGAUGAACUUAAUCUUUUUGUGGGUUUUUUUUUUUUUGGCAUAAAUUUUGCCUCAGCUGAGAGAGAGAGAAAAACAGAGUUUGCGCCAGACCUCAAUUUCUGCCCUCUAUCCAAUUGGACUGUUUUUUGCUGGAUGUUUUGGACUCUGAUUUGAGCUUCUGUGCAGACCCGUCUUUGCUUCCACGGGGAGGCCUCCCCCCUCCUCGCCUGCCCUGUCCUGCCCUGGACCAGAGGAAUAAUAAACGGACUAAGGAAUCUGUCGCCAGUGAUGCGUCAUCACCUCUGGACUCUCGGACGUUGAAUGGACACGUUGCCAGCAGCAGUGCUUCACCCCGUCCCCAUCCCCAGGAUACACAAACACACACACACACACACACAGUGCCUUCUGCUGCCUGCGGUCUGGACUGUGCUGCCGUAAGCCCCCCCCCCUUCCGCCCCCCAGUUCCUGCAUGCCUGCCAAGCCCAGGUCCACAGUGCGUCCGUCCGGUCUCUCGACCAACUCAGCUGGGAACAGGUGCUUCUCCUUCCGACUGGUGGGGACUGCAGGAAGCCCGUCCCAAUUGCUGUGAACCAAGCAACCAAGGAGCAUCGAGCACCUUGCAAGGGGAUGUUCCAGCUCCCCGCUCCCCCCCCCCGCUCCAGAGAUCCUAGUUACUAUGCACGUUAUCCCUUCCUCCCCCAGCCCUUGAUUGCUGGCUGCCCCCUGAGAUUUGCAAUAGGAGGAGACUAUGUGCAAUAAUUCAGCCUUUCCUACCUUGUGUUUCCCUGCAGGGCCUCCUGAAGUGCUUUAGACACCUCUGCAUGUUCCCUUCCCCUUUCCCCCAACCAGAUGGUGCUAAAAGUCAUCCUCUCUUCCACCAUAAAGUCACCCCCCAGCCCAGCUGGCAUGUAGCUGACCCUUCCAUCCUCUUGUCCCCCGUCCCCCCAUGGGCUGUGAUCACCUUGUCCCCUUUUUCUCUCCUCCCCCUCCUGCCUGCUGGCCCCUUCCUUUGAAGAAAUGGCUCUUAUGCAGCUGACAAUCAGGAAGGAGCAAUGGUGGAGGCCAUACGGGUGUCACGUGAGUCUAGGAAAGCAAGAGUAUGUGUGCAUGUGUCCCUAUCUGUCUAGGUUUGUGUGUGUACCAUCCAUGUCUUUGAGGGAGGGGAGAAAGAGCUGUGGUAGGGUGGCACUGGAGGAGGUGGCAUUAAUAUAUCGGUGUAAUUGGACUUGUGCACUGCUCAGGAUCCUUUUGUUGUCUUAAGCCACUUUUAAAGCAUGGUCCUGACCCAGCAAGAGCAGGUUGACUUCCUACUGGAGAUUUGGGGAGGAUUCAGUUCACUCCAUCCUCAUAAUCCUUCAGUCAGGCUUGUUUCGAUACCUUCCCACAUUGCUCGUGAGAAGGGACGACCCACAGACAGGAGACACAACUGUGAUGCCCCCCCCCCCAAAAGAGAGGCAAGACUGACAGUGCAGGAGCCCAGUGGAUCCAAAGGCUGGCUACGUUUGGUGCCCCUUUCUCUGGCCUGGCCAGACCCUUGGUUGGCAUAAUCACCCCCCACCCACCCACACCUCCCCCUAGUGCUGAGAGAAACUGAAGUGCCUUUUUUGGGGCAUGCAAGCUUGCCUUCAUCAUUAUGUUAUGUGAUUUUCGAUGGGCCUCAUCCGUAGCCUAAUGGAGUUUUGCAGAGUCGGGUCCCAAAGAGGUUGGGAUGGCCAGAGAAACAAAACAAAACCAAAAAUUACAGCAACUGAGAUUCUGGUUCCAACUGUCCCUAUUUGGGAGGCAAAGGCAGAGGAGCACACAGUCUCUGCAGGACUAAUAAAGGAACUUCCCAGAUAGGUUGGGGUUUAUACCCACCCACCCUUCCCUGUCUUACUUGCCUGCAGUGCUCACAUGCCAAACUACAGGGAAACUUUGAAACACCUCACAUCUGCAGCCAGAAUAAAUACAAGCUAUAACAGGAUUCUACUUGAGAAAUUGAUUCCAGAUGUGCUCCAAAUAUGGGCUGCAACCUCAGACUACAUCGGGGUACACCUGUUCCUUAACAGGCCACUCUCCUGCCUUCCCCUACCCCAUUUUUUUUUUUUUUUUUUU